CUCGUGCAGAGGCCUAAGCAGAAGGAAUGUCAUGCCGUGGGUCAGGCCGAAAGCGCUAAAGAAUUGAGCGAAACUAGGGAUAUAAUUGAAGCCUUGCAUAAAUACCGCAAUGAUCUGGAACUUGCUCAAAUUCAAUUUGAUAUUUAUCUGGAGAUAUACAGUAUUCCAGAUAUCGAAUAUAACAACCUGGCUGCGUUAAGAGGAAAGCCGGAUAAAGCAGCACUACUUGCACGUCUCGAUCAACAGCUCUUUGAUGCACAAACUCUUUUGAAAGACUUUGUAAUUCCAUUUGGCUUAGUUGAAAUAGAACUUUCUUUAGUACAUGCUGUAGAAGUAAUACCUAGUCGCGAAGAUAUAAAUCAAAUUUGGAAAAAAAUAAUGCAAAAAGCCAGGAAAAAAGCCAGUGAAACUGGAUCGUUACAACCGAUAGCUGAAGUAGUAAUAGAAUCUGGACGAAAAUAUUAUCCGCAUGAUCUGCGAGUGUUUCCGAUGGGUAAAUAUUGGCACUUGUUGCUUUGUUAUAUUGCACCUAGAUUUUACACUCAUAAUACUACUUCUCGAACAGACACAAUCGUAGGUGAAAUAGCGGAUUAUUUAAUUAAGAGGCGUAUUGAUGAUCCUGGUUGUAUUGCGAGAAUUUUGAAGCAAGCGAAUGUCGCGUUUUGUGAUAUUUUUAAUACGUUUAAUAAUCUCAUUUCAUUUAGGAGCGCACCAUUUAGUAGUCAAGAAGGAAUCUGCUUAUUGCUAAAAGAGCUUGUGGUUAUUUUAAAUCAAUGGAUGAAAUCUGUUGAAGAACGUUAUGAUAUUGAACCGAGAAGCAUCCACGGGAUGGGAUGGGAUCGGUUUAAGCAAGCUCGGCUUGGCUCAGAAAGCCAAGCAGGGCCGGCUCGAGCUGAUGGUUCAAGCCAGCUCAAAUAA